AUGGAUGCCCCAGACAGCUAUGCGGUGCAUCGCACUGCGCCACAGUCGCCGGCUCAGGAAGUGGUGGAGCAUCAACUGGCGAUUCGCGCUGAGCCAGAGCAGGGGGGGCUUGAGCAGGGGGGGCUAGAGCAGGUGUAUUCUUCACACCAGCCACCUAAUCUUUACCAGCUCGUCUACAAGUUUCUAGACAACAUCAAGCUUCGAUUCGGAGAAGACUCGUUUGAGGUGACGUCGAUUUGGGAUGCUCUCGCCGAGUUUCGAGCAUCAAGGAAGUCUAAGAACGACACCCUUGCCAUCAUCGAAUUCUCACUGAGCAAUCACAACGACCUCAAGCGGGAUCUUAGGGAUGUAUUGUUUCAUCCGGAAGCACUCCAACGGCCAAGCAUAUUUGAUGUUGGCUCCGAUCAAGCCAUUCAGCUACCCGCUCCGCAAUUCUUACAGCCAGUCCAUCAGCCCCAGAUGUACCUGCCCACAGGCUCAUGGUACCAAGACAGACAAAACUAUCCAUUAGCCAACCUCAGCAAUGGCCAGCCAUGGUCUUCUGGUGCACCCAAUCUGCUGCCCAAUCAUGUACAAUCGUUCGCAGCCAACUACCCCGACACCUCUGCUCAUUACGACCAAAGUCACGCGCCUCAAGCUACGUUUCAGCACACAGUAGCAACCUCGAUGAAUAGUCCGUCUAUCCUUGGUGUCCCAACUGCUGUACCCAUCGGCCAAGCCUUUGAUGAGAUGCCUGCGACUCCGGAUCACCACCAUGGAGUCAUUGGAGACGAAGUCUCGCAAGAAGCCACAGACAGCCAAAGCCCUGAGAGUGCUAGCCAAGUGUCGGUAUCUCAUACAAACAUGGCCCCGCCAACUGUUCCACUUCAGCCGAAGAGUAAGGCCCAAGCGAAGCAAUCGCAGCCAGAUAGCGCAUCAGGACCCUACAUUCAUGGCCUAUGUGGCAAAGGCUUUUCCAGCAGAUCAAGGGUCAAGAAGCACCACUGGGGAUAUAGACUCGAUGAUUUAGAUACGACAACUGGCUGUUGGGCGAAAUACGGGAAGCCGAACGUUAACUGGAAUGAUCAUCCGAGCUGUAAAGAAGGUACAAAAGUCUUACAUCAGGCUAAGAAGACGAGUCGGACUACAGCCAAGCAGGAGGAGCUUCAGGAACAGCCUAAAAUGGCGCCUCCGACGUCUACCCUCCAAGACCUUUCGGGAAGCGCCCCGCCCACGUCUAUUCUGCAUGAAGAUCAUCAAGAUGCUUCCCAAGACAUGGGCUUCUACCACUCACAGCAACCGCCUAGCCAGUCCAGUUUCGACAGCCUGCUUAGUGCUGUGAAUGUCGCCUCUCGAAUUGAUGCGCCACAGCCGCAAGAGCCCAUCCACUCGGUAGUCUGUCACCUUGAUGCUCAAGCGGCUGCUGCAGAGAAUAGUAGACAGUACGUGACUGAUUGGCAAAACGCCUCGACGGGCAAUGGCGAAGAAGCUGUCGCUAUGGAUCAGCAUCACGUAUACAGCACAGCAGAUCUUGGGACAAGCUAUCCACUAGGCGGCUUUCAUGUGCCUUUGGAAGUAGCUCUACCCAUGUCUGGCGGAAGUCAUGUGCAUACAUCCUCGAUGUAUUCUCCUAGAAGUGGAAACUGGAUCGGCAAUCAUGUCAGCACGUUCGACGGCAGUACACAGGACAGCCGCGCGCCUCCCGACCUGCCUGCACCUGUGUCCCCUGACCCAUAUGAAAGGAGCCGAGAAAUCUAG